AUUAGUUUGAAGAAGAAGAAAAAUGUGGAUAACACGCAGAAAGAAGUUUCUUUGAAGAAAAUUGAGUUUUUCACCCUUAUUUAUCUUGAAUUAGCAUAAAUUUGUACAUAGAUAUUGUCAUCUUCAUUAGUGACAAUGGAUUGGUCACCGACCGUGGAUUCUUCACUUCCGGAUCAUCCGGAAACUGCCUUUUCCCCCGAGGGGAUUCAAAAAAUUGACCAUAAGCACAUCUUCGAGUCCUAUGCUACGUUUUCCCUUCCAAAAGUCAGCGAUAGGAGCAGCAGAACUCCAGCACAGGAUCGUCUUUUGCGCCUUCAGAAUGCCCUUCGUGGUGAGACCCAGAAGACUACUACACAGAAUCCGCAAGUUCCCACCGCUGGGACACCUUCACGAGUCACCCAAGUUCGUCCAAAAGUUAUCCCAGUGGCCGCUGCUAAAGCACCCUCACCCACUAAACCACGUCAGGGUACCAAAAGGAAGGCCGCGCAGGAGGAAGUAAAGACAGUUCCGGAUAAGAAACGUCACGUGGGGGAAUCCCCUCCGGCCAUGCCACGAAGGCCAAAAUUACGAGCUAAACUCUCUGUCAAUGAGAGACUGAAGAGACCACUGAGUGAUCAAGAAAUCCGUGCAAUUCCCACAACUUCCUCCAUGCGGGCACCACCACGUGCAAAAUCUGCCACUGUUACAUCCACAGCAGGUAGAGCAGCUGAUCAAGCCCUGACGUCACCACCGAAAAAGCUCAAAAUCUCCCCAAAGAAACAACCCAAAGUCACACCACCGCGCAAUGGGAAGGAUUAUCGAGUCUCCGUGAGGAGUUCCAAUGACAAUCGUCUCAUUGUUGAUUACCAGGACUUUGCGGAUCCGCUGGAAAGUCCCGUGGAUCCGAGUGAUAAAGUGAAGGAUCUCUCAAAAGUAUUCUACAUGGUUGUGGACACAAAUGUCUUCUGUCACAAUUUGAUUUUCCUCGAGAACAUCCUCAAUAUGCGAAUUGUAGCCACUGGCUAUGCCAUCCUCUUCAUCCCGUACAUUGUGCUCCAGGAAUUGGAUAGGAUUAAGCAAAAGACUGACCACAAGGAGGAGCUGAAUACCUCAAUGAAGGCCAUAAAGUACAUUAAUGACAAACUCCAGGCUCGUCAUCCACAGGUCAAGGGGCAAACGGCAAUGCACGAGAAUGAGCUGCUCAUCAGUGCUCCCACUCCGGAUGACUCCAUCGUCAAUUGCUGCCUCCAGCUCAGGAAGUCCACGAAGAAGGUUAUCCUCCUGUCGAAUGACAUCAACUUGCGGAAUAAAGCCAUCUGCAGUGGCAUCAAUGCCUACAGACCAAAGGACAUCAAGGCAGACGUCCCAAUUGAAUUUCUCUGAAAAAAAAAGCCACACGACGAUAUUUGCGCGCGAAUUACCUGAAAAUCUUCUCAUUAAUUUUAUUUUUUAUGAAUUUUUUAAGUGAAUUUUAGCAUUACUACCGGGUGCUACAUGAUACUACCAAAAUGAAGUAUUGAAUUUGAAUUUUUAUACGAUGAAAAAGCAAUUUAAAAAAAUCUUUUUUAUUAAAAAAAAGAAUAAA